AUGCUCCCACCCAUCCGCACGGCUCUUGGCCUUGUUGCCACAGGUUCUCUAGCCACUGGGGGGCCGUGUGAUAUCUAUUCCUCAGGGGGCACGCCUUGUGUUGCCGCUCACAGCACCACUCGUGCCCUAUACAGCGCUUAUACUGGCCCGUUGUACCAAGUGCAGCGAGGCUCUGAUGGUGCCACAACCACCAUCUCGCCACUUUCUAGUGGCGUUGCCAAUGCUGCCGCUCAAGACUCUUUCUGUGCUGGCACAACCUGCCUCAUCACAAUUAUUUACGACCAGUCGGGGCGUGGUAAUCACCUUACCCAGGCUCCCCCCGGUGGUUUUAAUGGUCCAGAGUCCAAUGGCUACGAUAACCUUGCAAGCGCAAUUGGAGCGCCAGUGACGCUGAACGGUCAGAAAGCAUAUGGAGUCUUCAUAUCCCCUGGCACUGGCUAUCGCAACAAUGCCGCCAGCGGCACAGCUCGAGGUGACGCGGCAGAGGGUAUGUACGCGGUUCUCGACGGUACCCAUUACAACGGUGCAUGCUGCUUUGACUACGGCAAUGCCGAGACAAGUAGUCGCGAUACGGGUAAUGGCCACAUGGAGGCCAUCUAUUUUGGUGACAGCACCGUCUGGGGCACUGGCUCAGGCAGCGGUCCUUGGGUGAUGGCCGAUCUUGAGAACGGCUUAUUCUCUGGCUCUAGCGCUGGCAACAACGCGGGAGAUCCAUCAAUCUCUUACCGGUUCGUCACUGCAGCCGUCAAGGGACAGCCAAACCAAUGGGCAAUCCGCGGUGCCAACGCUGCGUCUGGCUCACUGUCAACCUUUUACAGCGGCGCGCGCCCAACAGUGUCUGGCUACAACCCGAUGAGCAAGGAAGGAGCAAUCAUUCUCGGCAUUGGCGGCGAUAAUAGCAAUGGUGCUCAAGGUACUUUCUAUGAGGGAGUCAUGACCUCUGGCUAUCCGUCUGAUGCAACUGAGAACUCGGUGCAAGCAAAUAUUGUAGCCGCCAAAUAUGCAGUCACAUCGCUGACCAGUGGUCCAGCGCUCACUGUCGGUUCUUCAAUCUCGCUACGAGCAACCACAGCCUGCUGCACUACACGAUAUAUUGCACACACUGGUUCUACAGUCAACACACAGGUCGUUUCAUCAUCCAGCGCUGCUGCCCUUAAACAAUCAGCCAGCUGGACGGUUCGAACUGGCUUGGGCAACAGUGGCUGCUUCUCGUUUGAGUCUAAGGACACCCCGGGCAGCUACAUUCGGCAUAAUAACUUCGCGCUCUUGCUCAACGCUAAUGACGGCAGUAAGCAGUUCGCCGAAGAUGCUACGUUUUGCCCACAGGCCGGCCUUAACGGCCAGGGCAGCUCACUUCGAGCUUGGGGCUACCCAACCCGUUAUUUUCGCCACUACAACAACAUUCUUUACAUUGGGAGCAAUGGCGGUGUUCACACAUUUGAUGCUACCACGUCGUUCAACGAUGACGUGAGCUUUGUAAUUAGCGCCAGUUUUGCUUAA